UGAGUUCUGUAACAAAAAAAAAGUCAUCUGACGGUCUGGAGCCAAAAUGGGGAGUUCUACAGCGAGCCUGUUCCUUCUGCUGGGCUGCUUCACCACUGUGUUCUGUAUCACACGGGAAUAUUUUAUCGGGAUUCAGGAGAUUCAGUGGGAUUACGCUCCCGCUGGGAAAAACAUCAUCCUCAACAAACUGCUGAAGGAAGAUGAACACGCUGCUACGUUCCUGGAGCGCGGGCCCCAGAGAAUCGGCAGUGUGUACAAGAAAGCAGUUUACCUGCAGUACACGGACGCCACCUACACGAAGGAGAUAACCAAGCCCAAGUGGCUGGGCUUCCUGGGCCCUGUGAUGUCGGCUGAGGAAGGGGACGUGAUCAAGGUCCACCUGAAGAACAUGGCCACUAGGGCCUACUCCAUCCACUCCCAUGGAAUCAUGUACAACAAGACCAGUGAGGGUGCUCUGUACCCGGACGAGACGACGGAUGCGGAGAAACAUGACGACCGGGUGGAUCCUGGGAAGAGCUACACUUACGUGUGGGUCCUGAGCGACACCCACGCCCCCACCAAGGAUGACACCAACUGCCUGGCACGCGCCUAUCACUCCCACCUCCACGCACCUCAAGACAUCGCCUCAGGACUUGUUGGACCCCUCAUCAUCUGUAAAAAAGGUACCCUGGAUGUCUAUGGUGACAAGGCAGCAGACUACUCGUACGUCCUGAUGUUCACUGUGUCGGACGAGAACAUGAGCUGGUACCUGGACGACAACAUCAAGACCUACUGCACUCAGCCAUCAACAGCAGCCAACAGCCCACAACAGCCAUCAACAGCAGCCAACAGCCCACAACAGCCAUCAACAGCAGCCAACAGCCCACAACAGCCAUCAACAGCAGCCAACAGCCCACAACAACCCACAACUAAAGUAGACAAAGAUGAUGAAGCCUUCCAGGAGAGCAACCUGAUGCACUCGAUCAAUGGCUUUGUGUACGGCAACCUGCCUGACCUGAGCAUGUGUGUCGGAAACAAGAUCCACUGGCACCUGAUCGGCAUGGGCAAUGAGGUGGACAUCCAUUCAGUGUUCUUUCAUGGCCAGAUCCUGACCAACCUUGGUCACCACACUGACGCGGUCAGCUUGUUCCCAGCCACAUUCACCAAUGUGGAGAUGACCGCUGACAACCCUGGUCACUGGCUGCUGAGCUGCCAGGUCAACGACCACCUAAUGGCGGGCAUGCAGGCUCUCUUCGAGGUCAAGAAGUGUUUCCCCGCCGUCCACAAGCCGCGGCCCAACGGGGAGGUGAGGGAGUACUUCAUCGCUGCCGAGGAGGUGCUGUGGGACUAUGCCCCCUCACAGGUCAACCACGGCACAGGGAAACCGCUGAACACAGACGGUGAUUCAGAGACGUUUUUCCAGAGGGGUAACGAUCGCAUUGGCGGGAAAUAUAAGAAGGUCCAGUACAAGGAGUACACAGACAACACCUUCACCGUGCAAAAGGAGAGAACACCUGAGGAGUUGCACCUAGGGAUUCUGGGUCCUGUGAUCAGGGCCGAGGAGGAAGACACCAUCAAGGUGGUGUUUAAGAACAAGGCCAGCCGUCCUUUCUCCAUGCAGCCACAUGGCGUGCAGUACAGCGUCGAGCAGUCAGGGACUCUCUACUAUAACGAACUGGAAGAAUCCUACACUGCCAAAAAACUCAGAGAACUCAAGAAGGAGACGAGAACUGUUACCCCUCCCCCGGCAGCGCUGGUCAAACCAGGCACCACCCACACCUAUGAGUGGGUGGUCCCUAAGGGUGGCGGGCCGGUGGCGGACGAUGCAGACUGCAUUACAUACUUCUACUACUCAGCCGUGGACCCUGUGAAAGACACCAGCUCCGGCCUUGUUGGACCCCUCCUGGUCUGCAAAAAAAAGACCCUCAAGAAAGGGAAACAGAAAAACGUCAACAAGGAGUUCCACAUGCUGGCUACAGUGUUUGAUGAGAACCUGAGCUGGUUCCUGGAUGACAACAUUAACCAGUUUACCAAGGCUCCCAAAACUGUCAACAAGGAGGACGAGGACUUCCAGGAAUCUAACAAAAUGCACUCGAUCAAUGGCUACAUGUAUGGGAACCUUCCAGGGCUGACCAUGUGUAAGGGGGACAAGGUGUCUUGGCACCUGUCUGGCCUGGGCUCGGAGGCUGAUAUCCACGGCCUAUACUUUGAAGGGAACAGGUUCAUCUACAGAGAGACACGCAAAGACGUCAUGAACGUGUUCCCUCACAUCUCCCACACUGUCAUGAUGGAGCCAGACAGCAUGGGUCAGUUUGAGGUGGUGUGCAAGACGACUGACCAUUACCAGGGAGGUAUGAGGGCCAACUACACUGUGCAGAAGUGUAGUAUGUUCAACAGGCAGUCAGAGAUCAUGCUCCACUCGAAGACCUACUACAUUGCCGCCAUGGAGAUAGACUGGGACUACUCCCCCAACCGGACCUGGGAACAGGAGAUGUACCAUGGCCUCACACAGAGUCCAGGAAAUGAUUUCAUUGAUAAACAGGGUAAGUUCAUCGGCUCCAUGUACAAGAAGGUCGUGUACAGGGAGUUCACCAACAAUAAAUUCACCAAACAGAAGGAGAGAUCAGCAGACAUGCAACACCUGGGGAUCCUGGGCCCUAUGAUCCAUGCAGACAUUGGUGACAAAGUCAAUAUAGUCUUCAAGAACAUGGCCACAAGAACUUACUCUAUUCACGCACACGGGGUGAAGACAGACGUUCCACAAGUCAAAGAAACUAAGCCAGGUGAGACCCAGACAUACACAUGGUAUGUCCCCAAGACAGCUGGGCCUACAGACAAACAGGAGACAUGCAGUGUGGGAGCUUAUUACUCCACAGUCGACGUCAACAAGGACCUGUACAGCGGUCUAAUUGGUCCCUUAGUGAUAUGUAGGCGGAGCUAUGCGAGAUCAUUUGGACUGAAGAAGGAAGUGGAAGAGUUUGCUCUCCUUUUCAUGGUGUUUGAUGAGAACGAGUCCUGGUACCUGGACGACAACAUCAAAACAAACAUCAAGACCCCCACCAGGAACAUCAAAGAGGACGAGGACUUCAUCGAGAGCAAUAAAAUGCAUGGCAUCAACGGGCAGCUGUAUGGAAACCUGCUGGGACUGAACAUGGAAGUGGGGGACAAGGUGUACUGGUACCUGAUGGGGAUGGGCAACGAGAUAGACAUCCACACUGCCCACUUCCACGGGCACAGCUUUGACUAUAAGCUGAGUGGAGGGUCCCACCGUGCAGAUGUGUUUGGCCUGUUCCCAGGCACCUUCCAGACAGUGAAGAUGAAACCAAAGUACCCUGGCUCCUGGCUGCUGCACUGCCACGUGGCAGACCACAUCAAGGCCGGCAUGGUAACGGUCUACAAAGUCACUGAGAAGGAAAAGAAGGGCUUUUUUGGAUGAACGUGGAGCAUUAACACAAACAGCGAAUACAAGCUACGUACAUCUCUUCAGUAAUUACACAUUGACCUCGUAUUCCACACGAGGAGCACAGUGACCACUGACAAUGCAUGAACUAACUAAAACGGCUUUAAUACAGGGUUUGAGCCUACCUGGUUAAAUAAAGGUGAAAUAAUAAAAUAAAAUAAAGCAAUGAGCAAUGUCUAAUGUCAAUGCUCUAAAAUACAGCAUUGAUAAUAAUAAAGAAAAUAUAAAAUCCUU